AUGCUCCACCUGUGCAUCAUUCAGAUCGCUAGCAUCGCCCUACUGGGUCCAAAGGCAACUGUCCAGAGGCCUGUGACAGGGGGCAACAGCUUAUGCAGUAAGAGAGUGUAUGUUUCUGGCUACCACCAACUGGGCCCCCGUUCAGCUAUCAAUCAGACCCUGAUUACUAUCGGACAAGGCAAGGUCAUCAGUAAUGAACCAGACAAAAGGGGAAAUGGGAAGGAAAGAAACGUGUAUCACAAUUGGAAGAGGAAUGUAUUCAAAAGUAAGAAAUUAUAUGAGCAACAUGAUCAGGCCGCUGUGUCCUCUCCUCAAUACUGUGUUUUAUUCCCACUCAGCUCCGCCACUGACCAGAAGACCAAGGAGAAGGUGGCCAUCAAGAAGCUGCACCGGCCUUUCCAGUCCCUCAUCCACGCCAAACGGGCCUACAGGGAACUCAGGCUGCUCCGCCACAUCCAGCAUGAAAAUGUGAUCUGCCUCCUUGACGUCUUCACACCGGAUUCCACACUGGAAAAAUUUACAACCUUUUACCUAGUAAUGCCAUUAGUAGCCCAAGACCUGAGCCACAUUAUGAAGAGGAGAAGAUUAACUGAUCGUAUCAUCACGUACCUGUUCUACCAGCUUCUAAGAGGACUCAAGUAUAUUCACUCUGCAGGGAUCAUUCAUCGGGAUCUGAAGCCUGGUAACCUCGCUGUGAAUGAGAACUGUGAAUUAAAGAUCCUGGAUUUUGGCUUGGCGAGACAGACCGAGAGUGAGAUGACUGGUUAUGUGGUAACACGCUGGUACAGAGCACCAGAGAUCAUAUUCAACUGGAUGCACUACAGUCAGACAGUGGAUGUCUGGUCAGCCGCCUGUAUCCUGGCAGAGAUGAUUACUGGCCAGGUACUUUUCCAAGGACACGACAGUAUCGAUCAGCUGAAAAAGAUCCUCCGCCUGACAGGAACACCAGACUCCUCCCUGGUUCAGAAGAUGCAGAGUAAAGACGCGCAGUCAUACGUGCGAGGUCUCCCUCCACAGAAGAAGAAAAACUUCAAGGAUGUGUUUCCGUCCAUGGAUAAAAAUGCUGUGGACCUGCUGGAGGGGAUGCUGCUGCUGGAUCCAGAGACGAGGCUGACAGCAAAGCAGAGUCUUCCACACCCCUUCCUGGCUGAAUACCAUGACCCAGAGUGUGAGCCGGACUCUGAGCCUUAUGACGACUCCUUUGAGAGCCUGGAGCUGGCUGUUGGCGAAUGGAAGAGUCUUAUCCACAUGGAGAUCAUGACCUUCGACCCUGACAACCCCAGUAAAACAGCUAUGUAAGAUGCUGUGAUGAUGUGCUGCUGCUUCCCAGUGUUUGGUUUAAUAUCUGCAUGUGAUGUAAAGGUCAACUAUUCAGCGAAACAAAUACAAAAAGAAAGAACAUUAAAUAUAUUCUGUCCUUUUUUCUGCAUCUAACAUGAAUGUGCAGUUGAUAGAGUUGAUGGUAGCAAUAAUAGCUUGAUGAAUCUAUAUCUGUUUUACCAAAAGCAUGUAAACCUUAAAUAUCAAAUUCUUUUUUAUGAGGUGUUUACAUUAAUUUGACUCAUUAUGUUGAUUUUAAUGUAAAGAUUGUCAGUCGUUUAGGUCACAUGUCUGUAAGUGCUGUAUAAAGACCACUGUGUCAGGACUUUGUUGAAUUUACAGCAAUACAAAUAAAAUAAAAUAUGAAUGAUCAAA